AUGGCUUUGCAGCAGCCUCUACAUUUCACCGCUGCCUUGGUUCUGGUCAAAGCGAAGCCUAAGCACCUCUCAAUACUGCAGUACAUACAUGCCCUGCGCCAGUAUAUCCGGACCACUAAUCGCAAUGGCCAAACCCACCGCGAGCUUGACCACUCAGCUUUCUGGCAGAACCAGUACGACACCUUACGCGACACACUUGAGAAAGAGCGAGAUGAUAUGUUCGUUCUUCAGCAACAGAAUGAAGCACUGCAAGCUCAGGUCACUCAGCUUCUAGCUCGCUCGAAGCCAGGUCGGAAGCGCAAAUCGGCUGAACAAGAGACCCUCGAGACGGUCAAGAAGAUGAAAGCAAGCACAAUCGCUAUGGCAGAAUUUGGUCUCAGCGCGGAUGUUGAUCCCGUCAUCAAAGCUAUGCGCCAUAUCCACCGCAUACAGACAUUGUGUAGAGGUCGAAUGUGGAGUACUGAUUCGAACGAGCUGGCUUACAAUCUCGUUCAAGCCACGGAAGCUCUGGGUAUGAUCAUCGAAGCUUUCCCAUCCAAGAUUCACGCCGCAGAAAAGGGCAGCAAGACGAUCGUCGCUGUCGCCAGAAGUUGCAUCAGUGUGUUCAGUGGUCUCAAACGCAUGGAAGCUUUGAAGAGUAGCGAUAACUUUGGAAGCCAUGUCGUUCAUGCCUGCGUGUGCUUCUUCGACAUACUCUUCACAAGUCUUGAGGAGAGCGUUUCUACCCAAGUCAAGUCUAAGCGAACUCAAACAGGGACGCCCACGUUGCAAGCGCUUUCUCAGUUGUCGAAAAGCUUGAUCGAGAAUCUGCGAGACUCGGCACGAACAUGCCUACCACAUUCACAGAUCUUGGAGGGUGCGAUGUAUCUGCUACUUCAUCGACUGGGAGAGAUGACACAUGAACUUCUAUUGGAUGGCCCUCAACAUGACGACAUCGAGAGCGAGAUGCAGAAUUUACCCCUGUCAGCCGACAAGAAGCUCGAUCCUGUUAGGCAGACGGAGAUACGGGUCAUGCUCACAUCAGCUCCUCUGCUUCUCGAUAGCCUGCGCAAAGCUGUGGCUGAUGUGCCUAAUCUUCCGACUGCUGACAAGGCACGUCUAUGGCUUCAACGUACACUGGUGGAUGGUAUCUUCGGAUCUGAUACAAGAGGUCUCAAUGCAAGCAAAGACGUGCUAAGAUUACCCAAAGCUCUGGGAGAAGCACCAAAGGCAGUAGCUACCGUGCGCACGGAAGAUAUUGAAGACAAGACGGAUGUGUUUGAAGCUGAACUAUGGGCUCUGAUCGGGUGGGAUGUAUUGGGACGUGAGCAGGAUUUGUGA